UAUUAAGUAAUAAAUUAUUAAAUGAUUAUAAAUCAUCUCAAAUAUUAUUAAAUGAAACUUCAGAAGAAGUGAAUAAAGAAAAUGAAGGAGUAUUAAUACAAAAUAUUGAUGUAAAAAAUAAUACUCAAUAUUCAAUAAGUGUACGUAAAAUAGAAGAUUUAUGUAAGACUCCAAAAAAAAAUGUUGCAUUAAGAGAUUUAGAAGAAGUAAAUAAUAUUAAAAUAGAAAAUAUAGAUUGCUCUCAAAGUUUUAAUUUUAAUUUAGAGACAUAUUCAGAAGAAUUAGUUUCAAAAAAUAUUAAUUUUUUACCAGAAACAUUAGCAACAUGUAAAAGUGAAUAUUUAUAUAAUGAGAAUAUAUCUGAUAAAGAAAUAAAAAAAAAAUCUAGCAAUGAUUAUAAUCAAUUAUCUAAUAUGAUUAAAUCUGAAUUAUGUUAUGAUGAAGUGAAUGAUAUGGAAGCUAUUGACAUGUUGCAUGAUUUUAAUUCUAUAAUGGAUUUUGAAGAAAAUAAAAUAAAUACAGAAUUUUUUUGUUCAACAAUGAAUGAUCCUACACAAAUUGAACAAACCAUAGAAACAUCUCAAGAUCCAGAAUUUGAUCCUCUUUUUAUUGGAAAUAAUGAAAAUUCUAAUGCAACACCAGAAAGUAUAACAAGCCAAAAAAUAAAACGCAAACGUAUUGUACUUAGCCCAAAAAUACGAAAAAAAAAAUGUCCCAAUAAUGUAAAAAAAGAGAGUGAUAUGGAGAAUGAUUUUAUAAAUAAUAUCUUAGGAGAACUAGACAUUGAAUUAUCAUCAGAAAAAGAGGAAGAUAUUGAUGAAUUAGAUGAAUUUCCUAAAGAUGCAUUAAAGAGACUAUAUAAUUUAGAAGUAAAAUUAAUGCAUGAAGUACCGGCUCAACAUAAAAUUGAACAUACAGCAGGUACAAAACCAUUAACAAAAAAAGAAAAAAAACUAUUUUUAGAACACGGACCAUUAAAAAGUGGGAUAUUUACACCUAAUGAAGAUAAAAUUAUUAAAGAUAAUUGGAAAGCAUUUUGUGAAACUCAUAAUUGGAAUUCUGAAAAUGUAAAACCAUUUCUUCAAAUGAAAAAUAAAAAUAAAUUUUAUAUAAGAACUAUGGAAGAAAGACAAAAAUUUUCUCAAUUUUUAGCAAAUGGAUUACCAUGGAGAUCACUGUAUAGUGUUUAUCAUAGAUUUAAAUACUUGUAUAAAAACCAAACAAAAAGUUUUCAAAGGUAUACAUUAACUGAAGAUAAGAAAAUUUUGUCUUGUAUGGAGAAUAAAGAAAAUGAAAAAAAACCACAUAAAAAUUUAGUAAAAUUGAGUAAAAUAUUAAAUCGUUCACAACAUUCAAUUUGGUUACGUUAUAAAUUGCUUACAGAACAGAUGAAAAAUAAUAAAAAAUCAACAUCUGAAGUAAAAUGGACAUUAUCAUUAAUUGGCAAAUUUAUAAAAACUUUUAUGCAUAUAACAUUAUGUGAAACAGUGGAAGAUUUAAAAGAUGCUAUUAUUCCAAAACCUGUUUGGCAAAAAUUAGAAGCAAAAUUAAAUAUAAAUUAUGAAAUACUAAAAAAAUUUUGGAUACAUCAAUUACAUAUGCAAUUAUUUUGUCCAGAACCUAUUUAUUUAAAUGACAUAAAAAUAAAAUUAAUUGAAUACAUAUAUGGGAAAGGAAUUUCAGACACUCGAGAAAUUGUCUGGUCAAAUGUUGCAAAAUAUUUUGAUGGAAUUACUACUAUUUUUUUAUGUAGAACAUUUCUUUAUCUAGUCCAAAAUGCUUCCAUACAAAUAGGUACAAAAUACUUUCCUGACAUUGUGCAUUAUUUAUAUCAUGAAAAAAUACAAAAUAUAAGAAAUGAAUCAAUGGAUAAAUUUCUUCCUAGACUAUCCUAUAAAGAUGGUAAAGUUAAAAUUGUAAAUGAAGAUUUGAAUGAAGAUAUCGAUAUAUAAUAAAUGAAUAUUACACAAAAAUAUUUUCAAUAUCAUAAUUUAUGAAUUUAAAAAAAAAUUUUUUGUAAUAUUUACAUUUAUUUUUAAAAUGGAAUUAAAAGGCAUUGUAAUUUAUUGAAUAAUGUUUAUAUAAUACAUGCAUUCCAAUAUUUUUUUUAUGCAAUUCAAAAAAUCCAGAAUUAAACUUUAUUUUUUUUUGAUUCCUUUUCUAAUGCUUUUUCUUUUGCUCUUUGAUAUAAAGGUACUAAUUUUCCUUCUUUAGCAAGCAUUUUGAGUAAUUCCAUUAUUAAUGGCAAAUAAUUAUGCUUUCU